GAAUGGGUUGCCUUGAUAAUUAUCCAAAAAUUGCCCCCCCCCCUGAGAAUUUUUUCAGGAGCUGCCACUGUGCAAAAGGGAAAAUAUAAGUGACAGUCAUUUACAUUCGAAUCUGUUUUUCCUAAUCAUAUGCCUAUAGGUAAUAUGCUCUCGCAAGGAAUACAACACGUACCAAAAUUAUGUGGAUUAUGUCAAAAAUGAAUUUAAAACCAAACAACAGAAGGAAAGUAUGAAAAAAAUUCUUGAGCUGGGAGAGCAGGGUGGGAUUUCAGAUUACAUUACUCUGGAAGAUAUCAGAACCUUUUUACAAACGAAUGAGCCUCCAAGACAUGAUGAACUACAGCAGCAGCAUAAUGGACUGGGACAACCACGAAGAUCCACUAAGAAGAAGAUGAUCAAAGAGAAUGAUACACUCCUGAAGGGAGGAAAACUUCCUAAAAUAAUGGUACAGCAGACCUUGAGUGUGCAAGACAGAGCAUGGCUACACCUUUGUGAACUUGAAAUAAAACACGAGUUGAAUAGGAGCAGAUACCAAAGAGAAAUUCAGGACAAAAGGAGCCGAAGGGAAAAGAUCAUUAUGGACCGCAGGGUUGCGGCACAGCAGGCAGAAAUUAACAAAUUGACGAAAACCCUAGGGGAUUUGGAGAAGAUGAGGGUAAAGAAUGAGGAUCGAACAAAAUAUCUGGAUCAAAAAUUCUUUAAAUCAACAGCUAAAACAUCACAGAAAGAACCUUUGCAGAGGUGGCCCACAUUGAGACGCCUUGCUCCUCUACCAGCCAAAGCAGGGUUUUUGAAUAGAUAUGAAUGGACAGGUGCUGAUUUGCCCAUAAUCAACCACCUGGGAGGCGUGUCCGUGUCCUAUAAAAACCCUGCACUUCCUGGAUUCAUGAAACCAGGGAACACACUGUCUGUAGCCUCAACUGACACAAGAUAUCCAAAAUUGCCUAGUCUUGGCAAGGCCAACGAGAAGGCUAGUAAUACUAGAAGGCUAUACUGGACCACUUAAGUAGUGAUUCUAUUAGGAUGCAAAUUGCAGAGUGCAUCCAGAGUGAAAUGAGUUGUGAACUAGGACUUCCUCCUCAUGAGACACCCAGGGUGCUGCGGGGUAAUAUGGCUACUCACAUAUUACUGUGCCUUUCUCGCGCAGCCCUUUCAAACUCUUUGCUGAGACCUCUGUCUGCUUUCAUGAUGGAACAAAGAAUCGUAAUGAACACCAAAACCAGUCUUGUACUUCAUCUCAGAAACAAUUUCACCCUUAUGUUGCUAUAAUCAUCAACAGUGUCUUUCGGGAGAUCAGAGUCAAAGUUGUUGGUAGAUUCCAUAUUGCCUCUCCAAGCCUUUCUCAAAUGAUAUCUCCACAAACUUG